AACCAAUUCCGUAAAUCGACACCCUCAGUCGCACCUUUGUCAACUCGCAAAAUUUACGUCGACCAAGUCACCCAAACAAGACACAAUCAUGGCUGACGCACCCAGAGGACGUGGAGGUUUCGGAGACCGUGGUCGCGGCGACAGAGGUCGAGGAGAUCGAAGAGGCCGACGUGGACCUCGCCGUGGAGGUGGAAAAUCUGAAGAGAAGGAAUGGCAACCAGUCACCAAGCUGGGACGUCUCGUCAAGGCUGGCAAGAUCCAGAGCAUGGAACAGAUCUACCUGCACUCGCUCCCCAUCAAGGAGUACCAAAUUGUCGACUGGUUCCUGCCCAAGCUGAAGGAUGAAGUGAUGAAGAUCAAACCCGUCCAGAAGCAAACCCGUGCCGGUCAGCGAACUCGAUUCAAGGCCAUCGUGGUCAUCGGCGACAGCGAAGGUCACGUCGGACUCGGAAUCAAGACCUCCAAGGAAGUCGCAACUGCCAUCCGUGCCGCCAUCAUCAUUGCCAAACUCUCCGUCCUCCCUAUCCGCCGUGGUUACUGGGGUACCAACUUGGGUGAGCCUCACUCUCUUCCCACCAAGGAGUCUGGAAAGUGUGGUUCCGUCACUGUCCGCCUCAUCCCCGCUCCUCGAGGAACUGGUCUCGUCGCAUCCCCCGCCGUCAAGAGACUUUUGCAGUUGGCUGGUGUCCAGGACGCCUACACUUCGUCCGCAGGCAGCACCAAGACGUUGGAGAACACACUUAAGGCUACAUUCGUCGCUGUCAGCAACUCAUAUGGUUUCUUGACACCCAACCUGUGGAAAGAGACCAAGCUUAUUCGCAGCCCUCUGGAGGAGUUCAGUGAUGUCCUGCGAGAAGGAAAGAAGUACUAGAAUGUCCUUGAGAUUUCCAGGCUAUGGGUAGUUGAUUGCAUUUCUCAGCGAAGAAGGAGAGCCCGUUCAUGGCGCACGAUGCAGAAAAGUGUCUAGCCGUGAGAAAAUACCAUGAAUGAAUUGGUGAACGA